UGGCACACACCGGCGACUAGAGCGCGCGGUGCAGGGGCCAGAGCGGCGAGCUCCCACCCUGCCCCGCCUCGCCCCUCUGCUGCGCCCGGAACCUUGGGUGUGCGGAACCUCGGUGCCGCAGCGCGGGCGCGGGGAACUCGGAGGGGGAUGGAGCGGGCGCGCGGGCCGGGGGCCGAGGCCAGCGCGCCUGAGGAGGAGGAAGAAGAGGUGGGGGCAGCCAUGGCGGCGGGUGGCGCGGGACCGGCGGUCCUGCAGGUGGCCGGCCUCUACCGGGGCCUGUGCGCGGUGCGCAGCCGCGCCCUGGGCCUGGGGCUCGUGUCACCCGCUCAGCUGCGUGUGUUCCCGGUGCGGCGCGGCUCCGGCGGGCCCGAGGGGGGCGCCGACGGCAGCAGGGUCGGGGCGGAGGCCGAGCUCGAGGCCAACCCCUUCUACGACCGCUACCGCGACAAGAUCCAGCAGCUGCGCAGGUCUGACCCAGCUGCUUUUGAGUCCCGCCUGGAGAAGCGCAGUGAGUUUCGGAAACAGCCUGUGGGGCGCUCCAGGCAAGGGGACUUUAUCAAAUGUGUGGAGCAGAAGACGGAUGCCUUGGGGAAACAGCCUAUGAGCAGAGGAUUUACUAAGGACAAGACUCUCAGUUCAAUCUUUAACAUUGAGAUGGUAAAAGAGAAAACUGCAGAAGAAAUAAAACAGAUUUGGCAGCAGUAUUUUGCAGCAAAAGAUACAGUCUACGCGGUUAUUCCUGAAGAGAAGUUUGAUUUGAUCUGGAACCGGGCUCAGUCCUGUCCAACAUUUCUGUGUGCUCUGCCAAGAAGGGAAGGUUAUGAGUUCUUUGUAGGACAAUGGACAGGUACUGAGCUCCACUUCACUGCACUUAUAAAUAUUCAGACCCGAGGGGAAGCUGCAGCCAGCCAGCUGAUUUUAUAUCACUACCCUGAACUUAAGGAAGACAAGGGCAUCGUGCUGAUGACAGCAGAAAUGGAUUCCACAUUUCUGAACGUUGCAGAGGCACAGUGCAUCGCCAACCAAGUUCAGCUCUUCUAUGCCACUGAUCGGAAAGAGACCUACGGGUUAGUGGAGACCUUUAACCUCAGACCAAAUGAGUUCAAAUAUAUGUCUGUCAUCGCUGAAUUGGAGCAAAGUGGAAUUGGAGCAGAACUGAAAUGUGCCCAGAACCAAGAUAAGACUUAGAGCUAUAAUGAUUGACCCUUCACCAAGUCAGCUCAGCCCUGGAUAGUCUAGAGCCCACCUACCCCUCAAGAACUCAAAGAGCUCAGCAUCUAUAAUGAGCAGUCUAUAAUGAGCUGCUCUGUGUGCUUAUUGCAAAAAGUAAUUGUGGAGAUGAGCCCUAUUACUUGAUAUUCAGGAAUGAAGAUACCCAAACAUUCUGAUAACUAUCUCAGCAUACUUGAGGCUUCCUUUUAAGUGUUUGAGGUUAUAACAAGAGACAGCCAAGAAUCUACAGGACAGCUGACUUUGUAUAGUGCAACAGUGUAGUUGCAUUCUGGCAUUUUGACCUCAUAGCUCACAAAUGAUCAUUUUGUCAUCUUUAUGAUCUUGCGACAGGAUAAUAAGCUUGAAGACUUGCUAUGGCUAGAUAUGGGCUUUAUAUAUGCUUCCCAUGCUCCAGUCAGCUGGCCAAAGGCAUAACCCAGAUAUCUUGUUUAGGUUCUAGAGCAAUCAGAUAUUCCCAUCAGGAUAAAGACUUCAUCUAGAUGCCUUUAAUGUAGCUGGUUUGGGGUAUCAGCAAAUUUCAAGUAUAGUUAGAUAAACAGGUACAGUGCCUGUAUAUUAUUAAACCAUAGUUUGUGGCACCUGCUUCUCUAACUGCCUGUUAGAAGUUGUGUGUUUGAUGGGGUGAAUCAGUGCAGUGUAAGUAAACCAAAACACUUUUAUAAAGAGAAGAUCAAUCCAGAUUUGCAUGAUUUUUUUAAAACAACUCUAAACGUUAUAUAAAAAAGUAGGCGGAAGCAAACGUUCCCAGAUUGGGUGUAGGGAAAAUGUAGCAAUAAAAAAAAAAUAGUCUGGCUUACAAUCUUUGUUACACAAAAUAAUGAAAUUUAAGCUAUGUGCUAUCCAUAGUGUCAGCUAUAUGGCCUGAUUUUAUCGAAACUCAUCUUGGGACUCAGCAGUUGUUAGGAAUACCAGAAAUAAGAACAUUGUUCUCCAGUACUGGAAACCCAUCUUUUGUUUGUAGUGUUGCUGUUGUGGCUUCAAGCUCAGUGAUAGAAGAGGAUGGUGUUUACACACCAGCCUUCUGAAUCCGAGGCCCCAAGUGCCCCUCAGUAUUGUUGUCGACUGCCUUUACUAUGCCUUUCCUUUAUUGAUCUGACAUGUUCCACUUUGUCUGCUGCUCCUGUCUAAGAUCUGGUUGGAUGACACUGAAUAUGGUGAACGGGAAUUUAGGUGGCAUUUAUAGUUUGUGUGUGUGGCUGGGGCCUGUCCUCAAGCUCUUUAAAUAGAAUUGCACUUCCCAUUAUUUUCUGAGCUGUGUUUAUUUUGUUCUACCGAUGUGUCUGUGUGGAGAGAGAGACAGAUAGUGUUUGUUUAACCUGAAGAAGCUGCUACCCUUUCACAAUUUCUCUAGAGGUUGAGCUUUUCCCUAAUGCAAAUUCUGGACCUGCCUCUGGUCCUGACAGUUCUAUUUUGAGAAACUUGAGUCUCAUCAGCCCUGCAAUUUUCCUUAAAUGCCCUCUGACCUAGAUGUUUUGAGUUCCAGGAAUCUUUGACGUCAGGUAGGGUUGCUUUCAUGGUUAUCCAGUUAUAUUUGCUUUUCCCUCCAGAUGGACCCAGUUCUUAGCCAUAGCACAUUUUCAUAAUGCCUCCAUCAGAGGGUAAGAAAGAGAUGGAAACACAAGUAAGAAAUGGCUGCUUAUUUUAUCAUUCCUCCUGGCUUUGCCCUCAAUCCCCACUUGCCAAAGAUAUAUCCAUGAAUAAUUACAUUGGACAUGACCAAAGUACCGUCUGACUGCUCUUUUUAUUUAUUUACCAAGACGGAUCUGGUGAAUAACUAAAAGAAAAACGUAACAUUUAAUCAGUAAAUUUGUCCCUUGGUGCCAACGUGGUGUUAUAGAAAGUGGACAGACUUCAGAGGUAAGUGAAUCUGGGUUCAGAUGUCAGUGUUGCUAUUCAUUAGCUCUGUAAUGUGGAACAAAUUAUUUAAACCCUCUAAUUCUGUUUUUUUCGUCUGUAAAAUGGGGAUGCUAAUAUCUACCUCAUAGGAUUAUUGUGAGAAUAAAUUAACUUAUAUAUAGACUACCGUAGAACUUAAUAGAUGUCAACUCCCUUCCUUUUCUCUACUUCCCCUGCCCCUCACUAAAGACUAACACAGAUUAACAUUUCAGGUGUGCAGAUCAUUCUUCAUUCCAUUUAAAAGAACAAACCUUAUCUUUAAGAUGCAGUAGAAUCACCUAGAGCACUUUAAAAUGCAGACUCCCAAACUGAAAACCCCCUCACAACCUGCUGAAUCAGAUGUGUGCAGAGGGGAAUGGGAAUCUAUACUUCAGCAUGUGCUCCACGUGAUUCCGAUAGAGGUAAUCAGCAGCCGCACUCUGGGAACCAUUGCCUUAUUUAUUCUUUACAAAAAUGUACAAUACCCAGGUCUUUUCUUUCCUGUGGACACUAACCAUAGGAUUUAGGUUCCUCUGCUCUUUGUCUCCCGUAGUGGUUCCCUUUGUAUACUCUAAUUACAUUCUAUUUAUUUAUUCUUGUAUCUAUUUUUCCCCUAUUAGACUGUGAGCUCCUUGAGGGCCAGGAUUUAUCUCUAUUCCCAGUGCCAAGGACAUGGCCUAGACCAUAGAAAAUAGCUGUUUGUUGAAUAAAUAAAUGACAUGGAUUUUAGCCAAAA